AUGGAAGAUAUUCAGUCUCUUGCGAAGCAGUUAGCAACUUCGCCAGUCGUAGACCAAGUCAGCAAUAUUUGGAGGAGAGCUGCAUCUCAAUUCCAGAGGGUGAUCAACAGAGAUCCGAGACGACAUGCAGAAGAGAGUGAGUCAGUGAAGAACGAACCCGAGCGAAUCGAGGGUUCAAAUGAGGUACCUGAAAACGAGAACAUGCAGCGCACGAAAAGGAUUGUGAAGGAUUUGAUCGCCAUCGGCAAGAACAGCGGUAUCAUCGGCCCGAUCAAACGUGCCUUCGAUAUGUUUUAUCCUCAAGGAAAAGUU